ACGAGCAGAACCAAAUGUCACAUUUUGCAGGAACCAAGAUGAAAACACCUGCCAGUGCCAACAGGUUUCAGAUUUGGUUUAAUCUUCACGAUCCAGAAAUGAUUGGUGCCAAGCGCGGCUUGACACCUGCCGAGGCAGUUUCUGAUGUCAUCAAGAGAGAGAAAGUACAUGUGUGGACCCACAACUAAAGCAAGGAAGCCGAGAGGCGGCCGCUGCCGCGGCUGCUGCAUAUAAAAGGAGACGUCUGAGACUCUUUGUCAUCUUCCAGUGCAGCUCGUGGCCAAGUCUAUCAACUAGAGGCGACAGAUAAACCAGGGACAGAGAGAAUCAUUUCAGCUACUCAACGCUUUUAUCAUUUUGUCAUAAUUCAGUGGUUUACAUCAAAACUAUGUACGACUCCGAUUUGUCUCAAGCUCUGGAGAGCCCACUUGGAUCGGAGGAGACAGGAUCUGAAUCCUGCUGCUUUGACACCACGAACGUUCAAGAGCAGAUCCUGAGACUCGAUGUGGGACUGCACCUGGCGGUUUCCCGCAACCCGAAGACCAUGCAGGGCGUAGCUACCCUGCUGCUGGCCGUGGACAGGAUGAAAAAGUCCCUAACUAGCAGGGGCCGGGAGCUCAGUGACGACGAGCUCUGCGGUGCGAUCAUGGACAGCCUGAUGGACGAAACGAUCGUCAAGACGGUCGAGAACUUCUCCACAGGUGAGAGAAAAAUUACCUUCCAACGUGUCAACAGUGUGAGGGAGUGCACUCUGUGCGACACCACAAAGAAAGAUGUCAUCUACGCAUCGGGAGAGUUAAAACUGCAGGCCGUCACUCUGAAGGGAGGACAGGGCGAUCGCAAAGUGAAUUUUCGACUGUCGAGGUACAUCACUGCCUGCGUCUCUCCGGAUGAUGGUCAGAGUGUCGUCCUGUCAAUAACCAACCAAAACCUGCACAUUUCCUGUUCUAUGAACGGCGACAAGGCUGAGCUGAAUCUGGAGGAAUGCACUGAGGAGGAAUUGAGGAAGAUCAGCAAUGACGGACACAUGGACCGCUUCCUCUUCUACAAGAGAACCACGGGGAUCUCUCUGACCACGUUUGAGUCCGUCAAGUGCCGCGGCUGGUUCAUCAGCACCUCCUACGAGCAAGAAAACCAGCCGGUGGAGAUGUGCAAAGUGGACACUGCCCACCGUCUCACCUCCUUCGUGGUCAACAUAGGCUGAAGGAGCCGUGUCCAGGGUUAUGCUGCAAGCUUUUUUUGUUUUCAACCUUUAUUCUACCUGACCACUAGAUAGAGCAAAAACACCUGCUGUAUGAUAAAGCUAUGUUCUCUGUGAGAGAGAUAUAACUAAUAAUUCAGUUAAAACUACUGUAACCUUAUGGUCUUUUACUCUCUGGCACACUGCUGUGCAAACUGUAUCUUCUUUGCUGGAGAACGUUGUAACAGGAUAUUCCUCAAAACUACUGAUGUCAUACACGUACACACACAAUAUAUCAAUA